AUGGACCUAGACGAUUUGGAUGAUCCUGCGCUCAAGGCUGCUAUCGAAGCCUCACUCCAAGACGUGCAGAUCCGCACCAACAGUGGAGACCUCUCGUCUCGAAAUCCCCAGGGCCGUGGUGGUUUCGUGGAUCUGACUGCAGAUUCAGACAACGAUUCAGAAGUGCAAGAGCUCUUCCCCAAGUCUAAGUCCGUUGUUGGCUCAGAGACCGAUAACGAAGCUGAGCAAGAAGGGGAAGACGAAGAGCUCAAGCGCGCACUCGCUCUCUCUAUGGAGGGAAUUACACAGAAAGAUGACGUUUCUGAAGUGUCUCCUGUUACUGCAGUAUCUCCAACUACAUCUUCUAUCUUCCAGGGGAAAUCUAAACCAUCCACAUCACUUGGGAUUUUUGGGUUGAACCGGAAACAAAUGGAAGAAGAGCGCCUUGCACGUCUUGCAAAACGCAAAGCCGAGAAUGGUGUCUCACCCCCACCAUCCCAACCAGCUUUAAAAGCACCCAAGCUCGACCUUCCUCAGCGAGCCCACUCGGCCACCUCAAAUUCUUCCUUUGGCGCUUCAUCCCAGACAGUGGGACCUCUGGGAAACGUUUGCAACCACCCUGCAACAAAUUCCCCACAAACAAACAUUCGUCCAACUUCUAUCCCGGUCAUUCAAUGGCCUUUUGGAGCAGUCAAGAAGACUGUUGUUCCUAAAUUCCCCCGACAAGGCAAUGACAUCACCGUCGAAGAAGUGCUCCAACGGCAUGACUUGGAGCUUGCUGUUCUGAGCUCAUUUUUGUGGGACAUGGAGUGGCUUUUUUCCAAACUGGAAACACGAAAAACCAGGUUUCUGCUGGUCAUGCAGGCAAAGGAUCAAUUGACGAAAAACCAAUAUAAGCAAGAGACUGCCGAUAUGCCGAACCUGCGGCUCUGCUUCCCACCGAUGGACGGUGCCUACGGCCAAUCUCACUUCAACCGACUGGGGGAGAACAACCUCAUGGAGAAUAGCGUGUUUCUUAUUGAUCUUCCCAAGAAGACCCAAGACGGCCCGGAUGACUCGACAGAUUUCUACGAAGACCUGGUCUACUUUCUCAGAGCAUCCACGGUUGACGAAGGGGUUAUUGCCAAGUUGGACAACUUCGAUUUCAGCAAAACUGCACGUUACGCAUUCGUCCACACCAUUGGCGGAGCCACUAACCCCGGAGAGUCAUGGAGACGAACGGGGUACAGUGGUCUUGGCCGGGCUGUCACUCGCUUGGGUCUACGUUCGUUUUCACCAAUUAACAUCGAUUUCAUAACUUCAUCCGUUGGUUCCCUGAACGAUGGGUUUCUGCGAGCCAUCUACCUCGCCUGCAAAGGCGACGACGGACUCACCGAGUACAACAUGCGCAAUACCAGGGCCUCGGCCGCCAGAAACCAGCCCGAAACUCAGAAGGAAAUGAUGCUAAAUAUCAGCCAGGAAUGGCGCAGCCGUUUCCACGUCUACUUCCCGUCUGACAGCACCGUGCGGUCCUCCCACACCAGACCCGAGUUGACGGCGGGUACGAUUUGUUUCCAGUCGAAGUGGUGGGAGGGCGAGAAGUUUCCGCGGCAUGUCAUGAGAGACUGUGAAAGCGAGCGGGGGGUCUUGAUGCAUAACAAGAUCAUUUUCGUCUGGCCCUCUGAGCCCAUCAUGAUGCCCAAUGACACCCAGUGUAAGGGGUGGGCCUAUGUCGGGAGUGCAAAUCUCUCAGAAAGUGCCUGGGGCCGUCUGGUCAAAGACCGAGCAACCGGCCAGCCCAAGAUGAACUGCCGCAACUGGGAAUGCGGCGUAAUAGUCCCCGUCACAAACCCAACCCCUUCUGCAAACGAGGCUCAGCGGCAGAGGCAGCAACAGAGCGAAGAGCUGAAAAACGACCAGGCACCACAUGAUCUGCCCCAGAGAGAACCCAAGCCGGGACAUCUCCCCGCGGAAAUCUUCAGGGAUAUAGUCCCCGUUCCGAUGAAUCUGCCAGCUGCCGAGUUGAGGGAUGGUCGUGAGCCGUGGUUCUUUAUGGGCUGA